ACUACCUUCAGGGUUUAGGCUUUGACAGACAUUGAUGCGUAGAAGUUGAGCACGACCUCCGAGGAACCACCCAAGAAUCCCUCAUUAACUCCAUCUCACUCAGCCACUCCGCCCCCAUCAGUCUCUCCUCAAGACUCCCAACUUCCAACCCAAAGAGAUUUUCUUUCACUUGUCACAACCAAUGGCCUCUUCUGCAACCUUAUUCCCUCAUGAAACAAUUGGUCGCAGAAGCUCCCAGAAGAAGAAUAAUCCCAUUAACCAUCUUGAUGAACUUGAUUCCUUCAAAUGUGCUCAUAUUGCAACUCAUAAGGCGCGUUCUGUUUCUGUGCAAUCAGUGCAGAUGAAUGAGCCCACAACCAUGCCAUUGAAUCACUCAGGCUCUGUGUUCCAUUUUGAGGAAUACAUGGCCACAAAGGCUGAAAGGGUGAACAAGGCUCUGGACGAGGCUGUUCCUCUGAGACAUCCACUCAAGGUACAUGAGGCCAUGAGGUAUUCACUGCUGGCCGGCGGGAAGCGCAUCCGCCCCAUUCUGUGCAUCGCAUCCUGUGAGUUAGUGGGAGGGGAUGAGUCGCUGGCUCUUCCCGUAGCGUGUGCAGUCGAGAUGAUUCAUACCAUGUCACUCAUACACGAUGACCUCCCUUGCAUGGACAAUGAUGAUCUGAGACGAGGCAAGCCCACCAACCAUAAGGCUUUUGGGGAAGCCAUAGCUGUUCUGGCCGGGGAUGCGCUGCUUUCCCUUGCCUUUGAGCAUGUCGCGGCGGCUAGGACCAUCGAUCUGCCGCCGGAGCUUGUCGUCCGGGUAGUGGCCGAGCUGGGUGCAGCAGUUGGGUCCGACGGACUUGUGGCAGGCCAAAUUGUUGACAUUGCCUGUGAGGGACAGCAAAUAGUGGAUCUAAAGGAAUUGGAGUACAUUCAUGUCCACAAGACUGCAAAGCUGCUUGAAGCUUCGGCCGUCUGUGGAAUGAUCAUGGGCGGAGGAAGCAUGGCCGAGGUGGAGAGGGUGAGAAGGUAUGCCAGGUGCACUGGUUUGCUGUUUCAGGUGGUGGAUGAUAUUCUGGACAUUACAAAGACUUCGGAGGAGUUGGGGAAGACGGCCGGCAAGGACUUAGUGAGCGACAAGGCCACUUAUCCAAAGCUAAUGGGGCUUGACAAAGCUAAGGAGUUUGCAGAGAAACUAUUGGCUCAAGCCAAGGAGGAGCUCCUUUACUUUGAUGGCUCUAAGGCUGCACCCUUGUAUCAUCUAGCUGAUUAUAUUGCCCAUCGGCAAAAUUAGUAGCGCAUUUGUGUAUGGCUGUAUGCAGUAGUGCUCAUGUCUAUGGCCUCUGAAGAAAUGCCAUUGACUUACAUUAAUUAAAAAUAAAAUAAAGCUUUUUUUUUUUCUUUUCUUUUGUCAAACAGGUUGAGGCAUCUUCCCUCUUCACUAAUUCUAGUUUUUCCGAAGACAAUGAUGCAUGAGAUCACUUUGAAUAUGCAAUGCAUACAGUGGUCUUUGGACUUGGAUUCCCUUCAUGGUUGCUUUCCUUUUUUAUGCAAGAAAAUGUAUCUAUUUCUUUCUCUGCCUCA